AUGCAAAUUUCGAGGCGGCAAAAAAAACUUGCAAGAAAACAGCUUCAAUAUCGAAAUGCUCAAGCAUCAACAUAUGCAACUAGGACACCGUUUCGUGAUGCAGAAAGGAAUUUUAAAUCGCGUUUACCGCCACCUGAUUUUAGCAACGUUAUCGACUUUUCUAAUAUCGAUAAAUGUCGCGAAGACAUUAAAAGUAAAAUUGUUGAGGUAGAAUUAAAAGUAGAUCUGGGCGAAGAAUUCGAAAAAUUAUUUGGGAGAUUUGACGGGAUAGAAAACAUUAAUAGGAAGAAAGCAUAUUGCAUUAAAGAUUUACCAGGAUUUAUAUUUAUUCAAAAUCCUUUCACUCCCGAGGCACAAAAAUACAUAAUCAAACGAUGUCUUAAAGAUUUCGCGAAAAAACCGAAUCUUUGUAAUCUUGACACACAUUAUGUUUUGCCCAACCAGGGAAUUUGGGAACUCCACGAAAAAGUAUAUAAAGGUCAAUUGAAUGAAAAUGAUAAAGAAUUCUUUGUACCGUUGAAAGCUGCAUCGAUGGAAGAAAUCACUGAGCAAUAUAUUGACAAUGACGAAUCAUCACCUAUUCUGAAAUCGAACAAUCAAAGAGUUGAUUCUUCAUUAAAUGCAAAAUCUGAUAUAGUCAAAUGUUUAGAUAACAAAGAAGUUCAAACAAAAAAUUCAAAUUCGAACGAAAGAAAAUUUGACCCUCUCCCAUCUGCUACUGUUCCAAUACUCUCACCACUCGAGUUAAUUAAGAAACUUAGAUGGGUAACAUUGGGAUAUCAAUAUCAUUGGCCAACAAAAACAUAUCAUUUUGAUCGUCGUUUUGAUUUUCCCAAAGAUAUUAAUGAUCUAGCAACAGCAGUUGUCAAAGCAAUAGAUGGCGUUGGAUUAAAGGAUGGCAGUUUUAUACAUCGAUAUGAUGCUGCAAAAUGGAAGUCUGAAGCCGGCGUAAUAAAUUAUUACCAACUUAAAGAUAAUUUAAUGGCACAUGUUGAUCAGAGUGAGAUAAACAUGGAUGCACCUUUAGUUUCCUUUAGUUUUGGACAUUCAUGUGUUUUCCUUAUAGGUGGCUUGACGCGUGAGACUCCACCAUUAGCGAUGUAUUUAAGAAGUGGUGAUAUUUCAAUCAUGUGUGGUCCUAGUCGAGGGUGUUUUCACGGUGUCCCACGAAUUCUGGAAGGCACUCUUCCAAAGUAUUUUGAAUACAAUGAUUCUGAAAAUCCGGAGUGGAAAAUUUUUGCAGAUUACAUGUCGACAACAC